CGAUCGGUAUAAAGACCAGCGGUUCGGCCGGACUCAAACCGAUACUCGUGCCGACAGUCGUUCAGUACCCUUCGGGCGGAUCGCGUGUCUCGACGCUAAGAUAAAAAAGCAAAGCACAACGACGACAAAAAAAAAUAAUAAAAGCGUGAACCAAGUCGUACUGUAUUUAUACAUAAAAAAAAAAGUUAUACUUGCAAGCUCUCUACGAGAAAGAAGAGUUAGAAGAAGGAGUGAACAGAUUUUUUUGUGAGGAUAUUUCGAGGUAAAAAAACAGCAACAACAAACAAGAUGCCGAUGGUCGACAAGAAAAACGGACACAACAACAUCAGCGCCGCCAACAAGAGGCCCAGCGACAACGACUUCUUGCACACGGUGGUGAAACAGCAACAGCAGCAACAGCAGCAGGCCCCCAAUGCAGUCCAGUCAAACUUCUGCUGGGACGCCCUGCACGAGAGCGCCCAGUACAUGCUGGAGCGGACGAGCAUCAGGCCGCGGGUGGCCAUCAUCUGCGGCUCGGGUCUGGGCAGCGUCGCGGAGGCCCUGACCCAGCGCCAGUGCUUCCCCUACGAGGAGAUACCGCACUUCCCCACCUCCAUGGUCAAGGGCCACGCCAAUCAGAUGGUGUUCGGCUAUCUGCAGGGCAUGCCGGUCAUGUGCAUGCAGGGCAGAUACCAUCACUACGAGGGAUAUCCCAUCUGGAAGUGCUCGAUGCCCGUGCGAGUGAUGAAGCUCGUCGGCGUGACCCACCUCAUAGUGACGAACGCCGCGGGCGGCAUCAACCCCGACUACAACGUCGGCGACAUCAUGCUCAUCAAGGACCACAUCAACUUCAUGGGCUUCGCGGGCAUCAAUCCCCUCCAGGGGCCCAACGACGAUCGCUUCGGCGACCGUUUCCCCAUGAUGCACAAGGCCUACGAUCGCGACCUGCUGCGCGUCUGCGACAAGGUCGUCGACGAGAUGGGCAUGUCGCAGAUCGUCCGCAAGGGCGUCUACACCUGCCUCGGUGGGCCGAAUUUCGAGACGGUGGCGGAGAUGCGAGCCCUCAAGAUGUUGGGGGUCGACGCCGUGGGCAUGUCCACCGUGUACGAGGUCAUCACGGCGGUGCACUGCGGCAUCAAGUGUCUCGGCUUCUCGCUCAUCACCAAUAUCGGGGCGACGGAUUACGAGGACGAGUCCGAGGCGAGCCACGACGACGUCGUGCAGGUGGCGAAUCGCAUGAAGGGUACGCUGAAGGAGUUCGUCUCGAGGAUCGUCGCCCACGUGAAGGAGGAGCUCGACGGAAAGAGCGACGACGAGGCCAAAUAGACGCUUAUCUUUUUUAAGGAUAUUAUUAUCAUUGUUAUUAUAAAUAUUGCACACGUCUCAUGUAUCAUAUCGAAUUUAUUUAUAAUUAAUUAACGUAUAAUCGUAUACUCGCUGAAAGUCCAAAUAAGCACUCGUUAUUAUUAUCGAGAUUUUUCGUAUUAGCGCGAACGAGUACGAGUGUCGAAUCGAUCGAUAUUAUUUUUUUUUUAUAUCGGCGCGACACGUGAAAUUUUCUUCGUCGAUUGUAUAAUUCAUAAGCUUCAAAUUCGUUUUUUAAGUCAUAUAUAUAAUACAUAAAUGACUAGAAUGACUCAUUGUUAUCACGUCUUGUACACACAUACAAACACAUGCAUUCACGGUUAGAUGCGUAAAUGUCAUUAUAUUUAGUUGCACAGAAUAAUUACUAUUAUUUAUUAUAUAAAAGUUGUGUUACUAUAGCAAAUUUCGAUGUACGCUCGAGAGCAAGAUUUUAUACCUCUGAUCGAUAAAUGUAUAAUUUUAAGUUUUGGCUCGUAGCUUAUAAUUUCGUCGCGUUGAGUGUUUUUUUCUAUCUACGAAAGAAAAAGAAGGAACAAAAAAAAAAUAUUCAAAUAUUUGUUUUGUCUAUAAUAUAAGUAACGAUUUGUACAAGCGUCGCGAUGAGGUGUUUCGUAUAACGUUGUAACGCAUGGCGCAUAUAAGAUUAUAAAUAAACGAUUAAAAUAAUUUCACCAUUUUAAA